UUUUAAAAACGUUCCCUUACAGUGAAGAACAAUGUACGAGUCAGCAGAAAUGAGUAAAACCACGUGGACUAUCACAUCGUCAACUCAGAAAAGUAUGAAAUGAGUCGACAAGCGAUGGGCACGCAGUCUCCUCGCAAAGAGACAUCAGCUCCCUUACAAGAGACCUUGGAGCUGCAGCUCUCAGAGGUGGAAAUGUUGCUGUCGAUGUUUCCAGGAGACGGUGAACUGACACUGGAAGAUGCGAAUGCUGUUAACCGUGUGAAGAGAUACUUGGAGGGCGGCUGCGAAGUGGCCACUCCGUCUCGGAUCGAGUUUGCUGUGAUGUUAAGUGUCGCGGAGCCCCCGGUUAAAAUAGUUCUACAUGUAUGUCUCCCUCACCAGUACCCCAGUGUUGUUCCAGAGUUGUUUGCAAGAUCUGCAGCCCUAGACAGGCUACAACAAAGGCAACUGAAUGAAGAUCUGAUUUCUUUUGUUAACACCUGUGAGCGUGGGGAACUAUGCAUUAGCUUGGCAAUACAGUGGAUUCAGGACAACUGUCAAUAUUACAUUGGUAAUGUAAAACCAGCACUAGAAAUGUCUCAAAAGUCACCAGAAAUUCAGAAAACAUUUUACAGAAUGUGGAUAUAUAGCCACCACAUAUAUCGCCAUGAGCUCAGAAAGAAGAUUUUGGACUUAGCAAAAAAACUUGGCUUAACUGGAUUUUGUUUGACAGGAAAACCUGGUGUGAUUUGCAUAGAAGGAGUAAAACAGGACUGUGAGGAGUUUUGGCAUACCAUCCGGUAUCCAAACUGGAAGCAUAUAUCCUGUAAGCAUACAGAAACUAUUCCAGAAGUGAGCAGCAUUGAAGAGUGUCGUGUUUUCAAAGCCUUUGAGGAGUUGAUUUUUGAAGCUCAUGGUGAUUAUGGACUGAGAAAUGACUACCAUAUGGACUUAGGGCAGUUUUUGGAGUAUCUGAAAGAACACAAAAGUGAGCAUGUAUUUCAUAUACUGUUUGGUAUUGAAGGAAGAUCUCACUCAUGAUAUUCUUUGUUUAGUGCAGCUCUCAUUUUAAAUAUGUAUGUAAUGUAAAAGUGAAUGCCCAUCAUGAUUUUUACUCAGCAUUAAAUAACGAAUCAUACUUCAUGCACAUUAUUUACUAUACAAUAAAAUAUAAAGCUAAUUUUCCAUACAAAAUGUAUCAUUUCUUGUAACUGCUGUGUAUUUGGAAAUGGGAGACUGGGUUUGAAUGUUAUACUGGUCAUGUACGUGGAGUUUGCACAUUCUUCCUGUCAGCCUUGGUUUUUGGCUGAUAAGUUGAUUGGAAACU